AUGGCGAGUAACAAGCUGGCCAAAAAAUUCUCUCAUAGGCAGGAAGCAGAAUCAGUCUUGGACCAAAAUGAUGUGAUGAAAGCCAUGAUGGCCGCUCAGAAAGGCAAGGGGAAAGAGAUACCUUCAGGUGAAGACGAUGAUUCAGAUUCAGAUUCUGGAUCUGGACACGAGGAUAACGAUCAUGAAGAGGAGAUCACGAGCGACGAUAGUGACAGUCAUAGUGUGAAUGGUGAAAGCUCAUCUGGCGACAUUAGCACGAGAAAGGGGAUUAAGCGAAAUCGAGCUUUCCAAUCAGACGACAGUGACGAGGAAGAUAUUGAUGCACCUCGCCAAGCUCAAAAUGCCACAUCAACCUCUCGUGUCAAUCUACCAUCGCGAACCUUCAACUCCAUGGAUUCAAGAGCAGCGCUACUCCAACCUAAAGCCGAUACUUCUUCUAUCUUCACAACAAAUCCCAAACCUCCAUCAGAUUCAACAUUCGCUUCUCUCGGAUUAUCACAGCCUCUUAUAACAGCUUUAGCAUCGAUAAAUAUACUGAAACCUACUGAAAUUCAAUCAGCUUGUGUAGGACCUAUACUGUCAGGAAAAGAUUGUAUCGGAGGAGCCAAGACUGGUAGUGGUAAAACAAUGGCUUUCGCUUUACCAAUAGUGGAAAGAAUAGCUAGAGAUCCAUUUGGAGUAUGGGCAGUGGUGUUAACACCCACAAGAGAACUUGCAUAUCAACUUUCGGAGCAGUUUUUGGUCGUCGGUAAACCCCUAGGUUUGACCACAGCUACUAUAGUAGGAGGUAUGGAUAUGAUGACUCAAGCACAACAACUUCAAUCUCGUCCACAUAUUAUAGUAGCUACACCAGGAAGGCUAUGUGACUUAUUGAGGAGUGGCGGUAGUCAAAAUACUUUGAGCAGAGUAAGAACACUGGUUCUUGAUGAAGCAGAUAGACUUUUGACUCCUACUUUCGCUCCGGAAUUAGCAUAUUUAUUCUCUCAAAUACCCCCAAAACGUCAAACUUGCUUAUUCACAGCAACGGUCAGCGAAGCUAUCAUGGAAUUGGCUAAUAAACCUCCAGCACUUGGAAAGGAUAAGCCAUUCGUGUAUAGAGUAGAGUCAGAUACUUUGACUGUAUCUCGUUUAAAACAGAAAUACCUCUUUAUCCCAUCCCAAAUCCGAGAUUCAUAUUUACUUUAUCUCCUUCAAAACCCACCACAAGAUAUCGACAUAGCAUUAAGGGCUGCCCCAAAAAAGGCUAAACGGAAAGAAGCUGAAUCAUAUCGUCACAAGAAAGGAAGAAAACCACAACGCAAAGCUGAAGAAGAGGAAGGAGAAUCGAAUAAUAUACCAUCGACGGUUAUAUUCACUCAGCGAUGCGCCACUGCACAUCUUUUACACCUUCUGUUGAAUCAACUAGAAAUACCGUCCGUGCCAUUGCAUUCACAUCUUACGCAGCCACAAAGGUUACUUUCGUUAGCUAGAUUCAGAGCCCAGGAAGUUCCGGUACUAGUUACGACUGAUGUCGGAUCAAGAGGUCUGGACAUACCGGAAGUCGCCAUGGUGAUCAAUUGGGAUUGUCCCAGGAGAUCAGACGAUUAUGUCCACAGGGUAGGAAGAACCGCGAGAGCGGGAAGAGGUGGUGUGGCAGUCACUGUCAUAACGGAAAGAGAUGUGGAUUUGAUCAAGAUAAUAGAAGAUGAUAUCAAAGUUAAAUUGGAAGAACUCGAACUACCUGAAGAAGAAGUUUUGGAAGCUUUGAACCGGGUUUCUUUAGCCAGAAGAAUGGCUACAAUGGAAAUGCACGACUCAGGAUUCGGUGAAAGACAAGCUAUAAAUAAAGCGAAAGCCAUAAAGAGAAUGAAGAGAGAUGCGGUCGCCAAGGCGGCUUAA